AUGGUACAAGCCGUACAGGAAAGCUCCGUCACCUACGAGGAGCUCUUGGACCUUGAGCGCGAGUUCGAGGAUGCCGAUGCUGAGAUAAUCCGCCACCAAGUAAAAGCCACCAAGGCCCUCUACGAAAAGCGCGCCGCCCUCGUCGCCAAGAUCCCCGGCUUCUGGCCCCUCGUCCUCGAGCAGGCCCCUCCCGGCGUCGACGAGCACAUCCAGCCGUCGGACGCUGCCCUCCUCCUCUCCGCCCUCACCUCGCUCGAGGUAACCCACUUCGAGCUCGACGACCCCGAAGGCGACCCCCGCUCCAUCGCCAUCAAGUUCACCUUUAGCGAGAACGAGUACUUCGAGGACUCGGUGCUCGAGAAGAAGUUUUGGUACCGCCACGCCGACAAGGGCGACUGGGCGGGACUUGUUAGCGAGCCCGUCGACAUCCGGUGGAAGAAGGACCAGGACCUAACCCAGGGCUUGCUAGCGCAGGCCGUGAAGCUUUGGAACGGCGAGCAGCAGAAGGCGGCUAGUGGGGGCAAGAAGGUGGAAGGAUGGACCGAUGACCGGAAGGCGCUCAAGGAAAAGAUCGAGAGCAUUGGUCUUGGUGGGAUUAGUUUCUUUGCGUGGUUCGGCUAUGUUGGUAGGCGCGUGAGUGCGGAGGAGAGCAAGACGGCGCUUGCUGAGGAGAAGGAGAGGAGGAAGUUGCGUCAGGAGGGUAAGGAGGUGCCUGAGGAUGAUACGGUGGAGGAGGGAGAGGAUGACGAUGAUGAGAUCGCUAUCGAGGAGGAUUUGGAGAUUUUCCCGGAGGGUGAUGAUCUCGCCGUUUGCAUCUCGGAGGAGCUCUGGCCUGAUGCGAUUAAGUAUUUCACCAACGCUCAAGAGCAGGAUGGAUUGAGCGAUAUAGAUUUCGAGUCUGAUGACGAGGAUGAGGAGGGUGAGGAUGCAGCUGGAUCGCCUCCUCCCAACAAGAAGAGGAAGGCGGCACUGAUUCUCAUUCUGAUUCUUUGCUUCUCAUCGACAAUUCGCAUCCCUGGAGGAUGGGCGUGUCUGUCGACUAUGAGUACCCAUGCUCCACCCAUCCGAUGCAUGCAGAUUGAUUCCGAUUGA